AUGGGAAAGAGCAAGAUGGACGACGCUGCGGCUGCGCGUAUCCGCAAAGCCCGCGGUGACAAAGACGACUUCGCUAAGCGUGCCACCAUGGCUGCCCAGGCCAAUAGAGAUAGGGAGGCGUCAAGUAGAGAGCAGAAGGGUGGCUACUCGGGCAGUGGAAGUAAACAAAGACGAUUAACAGAAGAGAGGGGUUCAAUGAAGGAUACGGGAAAAGAAAGCUGGGCAGGGCAGGUUCGGCGAGUGUCUCUGGUGAGUUGCACAUUCCACGAGGGGUAUGGCGGAGAAGAGAAAAGAGAGUACUGA